AUGUCAAUUGGUAAAAAUGGCCUCCCCCAAUUUGGGAAUGCAUACCCCCAUGCUGGAGAUUUAGACUUGGCUCCAAAGCGAAAAGAUGCCAUGAAUAACCUGGAUCUUUCCCAUAUGGAGAAAUUUAAUGCCUUUAUCUCUGCCAUGGAGAUUGCAAAUUCCCCAUCGCAGUCGGCGAACAAUGUUCAGGCCUACGAAUCUUUGCAUUUAGAGCUAGAAAGAGCCAUGGACGUCGCUACCAAUUCUUAUCACAACGAGUUGCAGGCAAUAGCGUCGAAAUUUUCGUCCAUCAGCAACAACAUCGUCGAUAAUUUGGCGCAAAUCGGACCCAUUUCAAAAUCGCUGGAAUCGCUGAAUUUGGAUGGUGUUCCCACGUGUUUGGAUGUUAUCAGCAACCCUCAGGCACAGAUAGAUGCAAACGAUGUAAAUGCUUCCAUUCAUUUGUUAGAUGCUCAGAUUCAGGCUAACAAACCUCUCCAUCAACGAUCCGUUUGA